CGCGGCCGCGGCAUCGCCGCGGCCCGACGCCGCAAAGCGUCCUGGGAGAGCUGGCUCGCACCGGAAGGACGCGCGAGCGCGCGGCGGCGGCGAGGUUAUAAAAGGGAAGGAGCCGGCGGCAGGCGGAAGUGGGCGGUUCAGCUGCUCUGGACGCUGUUGUUUGGUGUGUGGGCCUCCUGAGGGGCGUUCUCUGGAGGGCAGCCGGUGCAGGCCGCAGUGACAGGGCCGUUCGCCCCUGCGCACCCUGUCUCUUACCCGGUGCAGCGUCUGCUGGUGCCCUCCGCGUCCUGCAGGCCCAACAUGGCGCAGGAGGUGUCGGAGUACCUGAGCCAGAACCCGCGGGUGGCCGCCUGGGUGGAGGCGCUGCGCUGCGAGGGCGAGACUGACAAACACUGGCGCCACCGCCGGGAGUUUUUGCUCCGCAACGCCGGGGACCUGGCCCCCGCGGGUGGCGCUGCCUCCGCUAACCCGGACGAAGCUGCCGACGCCGAGAGCGGGACCCGCAGUCGGCAGCUGCAGCAGCUCAUCUCCUUUUCCAUGGCCUGGGCAAACCACGUCUUCCUUGGGUGCCGGUACCCUCAAAAAGUUAUGGAUAAAAUUCUUAGUAUGGCUGAAGGCAUCAAAGUGACAGAUGCUCCAAUCCAUACAACAAGAGACGAACUGGUUGCCAAGGUGAAGAAAAGAGGGAUAUCGAGUAGCAAUGAAGGGGUAGAAGAGCUAUCCAAAAAACGAAUCAUAGAAGGAAAAAACAACUCUGCAGUUGAGCGAGAUCUUGCAAAAAUUUCUGCCAAAACAGAAUGUACAUCAGCUCAGCCAGAAAACAGUUCUACAUGUUCGGGGUCAUGCACCAAAUCAGAGAGUAGUGGAAACUCCACUCGGAGCUCUGGCAUCUCUGGUCAGAAUAGCUCUAUGAGUGAAGGAGAUCGAUCUGUUUCCAGCCAAAGCAGCAGCAGCAUUUCCUCUCAGGUAACAACGGCAGGAUCUGGAAAAGCUUCUGAAUCAGAAGCUCCAGAUAAGCAUGGUUCAGCAUCAUUUGUUUCUUCGUUGUUGAAAUCCAGUGUGAAUAGUCACGUGACCCAGUCCACUGAUUCCAGACAACAAAGUGGUUCACCUAAAAAGAGUGCUUUGGAAGGUUCUUCAGUCUCUACUUCUCAGAGCAGCUCAGAGAUUGAGGUGCCCUUGUUGGGUACUUCUGGAAGCUCAGAAGUAGAGUUGCCAUUAUUGUCUUCUAAACCUAGUUCAGAGACAGCUUCAAGUGGGUUAACUUCCAAAACUAGUUCAGAGGCAAGUAUUUCAUCAUCAGUUUCUAAAAACAGUUCCUCAUCAGGCACAUCAUUACUAACUCCCAAGAGCAGCUCAACAAAUACAUCACUGCUCACUUCCAAAAGCACUUCCCAGGUAGCUGCAUCACUGUUAGCUUCCAAGAGCAGCUCCCAGACCAGUGGAUCUAUGGUUUCCAAAAGUACUUCCUUAGCAAGUGUGUCCCAGCUAGCUUCUAAGAGUAGUUCUCAGAGUAGCACCUCACAGUUGCCUUCUAAAAGUACUUCACAGUCAAGUGAGAGUUCUAUCAAGUUCUCUUGUUGCAAAUUAACCAAUGAAGAUGUGAAACAGAAGCAACCUUUCUUCAAUAGACUGUAUAAAACAGUGGCAUGGAAAUUAGUAGCUGUUGGUGGCUUUAGUCCCAAUGUGAAUCAUGGAGAGCUCCUAAAUGCAGCUAUUGAGGCUCUGAAAGCAACACUGGAUGUGUUUUUUGUCCCACUAAAAGAACUGGCAGAUCUGCCUCAAAAUAAGAGCUCUCAAGAAAGUAUUGUUUGUGAAUUGAGGUGCAAGUCAGUGUACUUGGGUACUGGCUGUGGAAAAAGCAAAGAAAAUGCAAAAGCAGUUGCAUCAAGAGAAGCAUUGAAGUUAUUUCUUAAGAAAAAGGUGGUGGUAAAAAUAUGUAAAAGGAAAUACAGAGGCAGUGAGAUAGAAGAUCUAGUACUCCUUGAUGAAGAAUCAAGACCUGUAAACUUACCUCCAGCUUUAAAACAUCCUCAAGAAUUACUAUAAUCUAUAAUAUGUUCAAAAUAUCACUGCAUACAGUAUCUGGUAUUUGAAGAGAAAACUGGCUUACUUUUGUACAAUAUAAAACAGGCUUUCACAAAUUUUGUAUUGCUUUUUUCCAGUUUUGCAGAAAAAUUUACAUUCUAAUUCUCUUCACAUAAGUAGAAGUUGUAAAUAAUUUAUGAAUGACAGUACAUAUUAAAAAGGUAUGCAUUAACAGCAUACCAGUAUGCUGUUUUAUUUGCUGAAGAAAAUACUGUCUUCUAUUUUUAAUGAUGUAUUAGGUACGAUGUGUAGUUCUGUAGAGUCUUAAAAUUUUUGUACUACUUUAAAUUUGGUGAAAAUGUAUUAAGUUGUCUACCAUGCUUUUUUUUUUAGCUAAAUAAAUCACAUCAAAGAAAAGGGGACCACAGUAUUUGAAUGUCUGAAAGUCUGUGAAACUUAAGGUUUUAAGAAUGUUGCCCAUAGUGUUGAACAUGUCUGUAAGAGAAUAAAAGAAAAAAUAGUUGCCUCAGACUAUUUUUAUGAGAAGUUGUAAGCAUUUUUUAGAUAUAAAGCAGUAUAAUGUACUUAUUGUUAUUUUAUUCUGAAGUUGUUUAAAAUUCACCAUGAUUUUGACCGCUGCUGAUUCUUUAAGCGGGUUAAUUUAUGUUUUGAGGUAAAAUACAAUUUACACUUUUUCUUAAAGACAUAAAUGUGGGUUUCUAUAUUAAGCAUAUUUUGUGACUACUAUUAACAGAUUGAUUUGUUUAGAUAUUAAAUGCUUUAAGCUAUUUUACCUUUUCAA